AUGAAGUCAUUCGCUUCUUUCGCCGUCGUUACGGCGAUCCUAAUUUCGACCUCGAUUGCUGAUGAUGAUGACGCAAACGCAAAUCAAGCAGAGAAUUACGGAUCGAGACUUUGCGCGAACAUGAACCAAGAAUCCUCGCGACCAGAACUCAUCGAAAUGAAAGGGAACCGCACGACCUGCGUCCUCGCCUUUACAGAAGAAGUCCAGUAUACGACUGCCGUCGGCACUGUUCUACCCGAAGAGAUUAUUUUCGAGGUCGGAGAGAUUGGUGAAUUCGAUCUGAAGCUCAUCGAUGAGUGUCCGACAGACCCUUACUGCUACCGAGUGAAAAACUCACCAGGAGGGAUGUUCAAUGGGAAUUACAUCUACACCGCGGCCGCUAACAGCACAUCUGAACCAGAUUACAUUGUCGUAUACGAUUGCAGAAAUGGCGAGAGGCGCACGCAGAAAGCAGAGUUCUACCGCGCCUCCCAAGAGAUCGUCGACGAGUUGGAGUCGGUCUUUGGCCUCCAAGUUUCGCUGGAUGAGCUUGAGGAUUGUGUGCGGAAAGCCGAGGAGGCGGCUGAGGAUCGUUGAGUGAUUGUUCAAUGAUUACAACGGAAAGGUAGCUUUAAUAUUCAAGCCGCUCGAAAUAAACGGUCAUUCGUGAGCCUUUCGCUAA